GACGGGUCACAGAAUUCGGCGUAACACCACCCAACCUAGCGACUCUCGGAACUCCCUCAGCCAAUCAGAAUUCAGCCGGGAUCGCUUCCUGCCCAGCUCGACGCCGGCCCGGCACACAGUCGGUGUUUCCCUGCGCCCGGGGAGUGAAUUUAACCGCCUAAAAAGUUGGUGUUGUUCAGGUCAUAUAGCCAGAUAGUUCGAUAUUACAAGUGAGGCACAUGUGAGAGAUGGGAGAGAAGGAUGCUAAAGGAGAAGGGAGCGCCAAGCACAGUGAAGCUGUGAAGCUGAGGAGGCUGAGUGACCAUGAACGCACCGCGGGCGGAGGAGAUGGGAACAAGCACAGUGCAAAGUCAACUAAACCUACAGAGAAAUCUGACAAUAGGAAGUCUCAUAAGAAGGUCAAGACACCUAAGAUGGAGCCAGCUGACAAUCACAGCGAGUCGGUGAAACAGGAGCCAGUGGAUGAUGACUUUGCAGGAAAGAAGAAAGGGGUGAAAAGGAAAAGAAUUAAGGAUGAGCCCAUGGAAGGCCCUUCACUUUCCACUUCUGCCCCUACCUCAAAGAAAAAAAAUAAGCAACAUGGGCAGGAAGAAGAGAGUGGUGGAGAAGCUCAAAAGAAAAAGCCAAAGAAGAAAACAGAAAAGACAGUGAAGAAGGAGGAAGGGGAGCAUUCGGCCCCCAAAAAACCAAAGAAGACAAAAGAGGAGAUCGAGGAGGCAAGACAGUUGAAGAUCAAGAAGAAAGAGGAGGAGGAGCAGAAUCGCUGGAGAUGGUGGGAGGAAGAGAAGUAUGAAGAUGGGGUGAAAUGGAAGUUCCUCGAACACAAUGGACCCUACUUCCCUCCUGAGUACCAGCCUCUUCCAGACAACGUUAACUUCUACUAUGGUGGUAAGAAGGUGAAGUUGAGUGUCACAGCUGAGGAAGUGGCGUUGUUCUUUGCCCAGAUGUUGGACCACGAGUACACCACCAAGAAGGUGUUCCGGGAGAAUUUCUUUAAAGAUUGGAGGAAGGAAAUGACCCAUGAAGAGAGAUCACUGAUUCAAAAUCUUGACAAAUGUGACUUUGGAGAGAUUCAUGCUAUGCAUAAAGCCAAGGUGGAGGCCAGGAAAAACAUGACCAAAGAGGAGAAACUGGCUUUGAAAGAGGCCAACCAGAAGAUAGUGGACGAGUACGGCUACUGUCUACUGGACCACCACAAAGAGCGCAUUGGCAACUUUAAGAUUGAGCCUCCAGGGCUGUUCCGGGGUAGAGGCGAGCAUCCCAAACAGGGCAUGCUGAAGAAAAGGAUCCAACCAGAGGAUGUCAUCAUCAACUGCAGCAAAGAAGCCCGUGUCCCCGUGCCGCCUGCUGGUCACCACUGGAAGGAGAUUCGACAUGACAACACUGUGACAUGGCUGGCCAGCUGGACUGAGAAUAUCCAGGGAUCUAUUAAAUACAUCAUGCUCAAUGCCAACUCAAAACUCAAGGGCGAGAAGGACUGGGAGAAAUAUGAGGUUGCUCGGAAACUGAAGUUGUGCGUGGACGACAUCCGUAACCAGUACCACCAGGAUCUCAAAUCUAAACAGAUGGGAACACGGCAAAGAGCUGUGGCCCUCUACUUCAUAGACAAGCUGGCACUGAGAGCUGGUAAUGAGAAGGAAGAAGGAGAGACGGCAGACACAGUGGGCUGUUGCUCGCUGCGCGUCGAGCACAUCACCCUUCACGAGGAACUGGAAGGCAGCAAGUAUGUGGUAGAAUUCGACUUCCUGGGUAAAGACUCCAUUCGCUACUACAACAAGGUCCCUGUUAUCAAGAAGGUUUUUAAGAAUCUGAAUCUCUUCAUGGAGAACAAGCAGCCGGGAGAUGACCUCUUUGACCGCCUUAAUACAAACAUGCUGAACAAGCACCUGAGUUCUCUCAUGGCAGGCCUGACUGCAAAGGUCUUCAGGACAUACAACGCCUCCAUAACUUUACAGCAGCAGCUCAAAGAGCUCACAAACAAGUCAGACAAUGAGGCAGAGAGACUGCUGGCCUACAACAGGGCUAACAGAGCAGUUGCCAUCCUGUGUAACCACCAGCGGGCGCCGCCAAAGACCUUCGAUCAGUCUAUGGCUAACCUUCAGGCAAAGAUUGAGGCUCGGAGAGAACAGCUGGAGCUAGCAAAGACGGAGCUGAAGCAGGCCAAGAAAGAGGCGAAAACAAAAGGCAGCUCAGACUCCAAGCUGCAGACGCUGGUGGAGCGGAAGAAGGCAGCUGUGAAGCGCUGUGAGGACCAGCUGCUGAAGAUGGAGGUCCAGGCGACUGACAGAGAAGAAAACAAACAGAUUGCACUGGGUACCUCCAAGCUUAACUAUCUGGACCCACGCAUUAGCGUGGCUUGGUGAGUAAAUACUAACACUCUAACAACCUCGAUUGUCAUCAUUUAAUCAACAGAUUUACAGAACACUAGCUGAAAGUAAUUGUCAAUAAUGCAGAAAACGUAUGUGUAGCAUAGCUUAGUUUCCAGUAAAUGUGGAAAUAGCUAUUUGUUCUUUAAACCUUUUUAUUUAUGCCGUUACACUAUCUGUAGUUUUCCUCUAUUACCUCAAAGCAAAUCAAAAUGUGUUAUUCCAGUAGCUCAUCUUCAAAUAUACAUUGUUAGUAAUGAGCUUCUUUCCCAUACCAGUGCUACUGUAUAUUAAACAUGCUCAUGAAGUCAACUAUAUAUUAAAAGGCCUGUAAAUCAUCACACAUGUAUAGCCCAUUGCUUUUAUUUACCUUUUCUUCUACUUGUGUUGCAGCAGUGUGUUUAUAUUGUCAAUCUGUUGUGUUACUUAAGAGAAAAAGAUUUUGAGACGUGUUAGAAGAUUACCUGGUGUGUUAAACUGAAUCUUUAUUUUGCAGCGUAUGCUUAACAAUCUUUUCCCCAUAUGUUCAGGUGUAAGAACAUGGAGGUACAGGUAGACAAAAUCUACAAUAAGAGCCAAAGGGACAAGUUCGCCUGGGCCAUCGACAUGACGGAGGCGGACUUUGUGUUCUGACCUCAAACUUGUAAAACUCCGGUCUCAUUAACUGAUAAGAUGCCAUUAAGGAACCAUUCACUUUAUAAUACAUACAGUACUUUGAUAUUGCAUUUAGAAUAUGUUCAAAUUGUGUAACACUUUGUUUCCUGCUGUCCAGUUCUGUUUCAUGCACUUUAUUUUGAAGGUUGGUUGGUCGUUUUGUUUGUAAAGUUUGUGUUUGCUUUAAUCUAAAUAAAGGUUCCUACCAUGCAAA